AUGGCGGCCUCGAACAACCCGCGGAAAUUCAGCGAGAAGAUCGCGCUGCACAACCAGAAGCAGGCGGAGGAGACGGCGGCCUUCGAGGAGGUCAUGAAGGACCUGAGCCUGACCCGCGCCCACCGGUUACAGCUGCAGAAAACCCAGUAUUUGCAACUGGGACAGAGUCGUGGCCAGUACUACGGUGGGUCACUGCCAAAUGUGAACCAGAUUGGAAACAGUGCCAUGGAUCUGCCUUUCCAGCACAACGGAGCUCUGGCAGAAGCCUUUGGAGCAGUUCCUGUCUCUUUGACUCCUUUUCAGUCAUCAGGAUUGGACACAAGCAGAACAACUCGGCAUCAUGGUCUGGUGGACAGAGUGUAUCGUGACAGAAACCGUCUCGGAUCCCCACAUCGACGCCCUCUCUCUGUGGAUAAACAUGGAAGACAAGUGGACAGCUGUCCGUACGGCACUGUGUAUCUGUCACCUCCAUCAGACACAAGCUGGAGAAGGACAAAUUCCGAUUCUGCCUUGCACCAGAGUACUAUGACUCCAGCUCAACAAGAAUCCUUUUCAGGAGGGUCACAGGACAUGCAGCAGAAAAGAGUUUUAUUACUGACUGUCCCUGGAAUGGAGGAAACCACCUCUGAGGCAGAUAAAACCCUCUCUAAGCAAGGAUGGGACACUAAAAAGACUGGGUCAUCAAGACCUAAAUCGUGUGAAGUUCCAGGAAUCAACAUCUUUCCAUCAGCUGACCAGGAAAACACUACAACACUGAUUCCUGCUACGCAUAACACAGGUGGCUCCCUGCCAGACCUGACAAACAUCCAUUUCCCUUCCCCUCUCCCAACACCGUUAGAUCCUGAGGAAUCCACAUUCCCAGCCCUGAGUAGCUCCAAUAGUACCGGAAAUCUUGCUGCCAAUCUGACUCACUUGGGCAUCAGCACUGCCAAUCAGGGAAUGACGACGACGCCAGCCCCUUCCCAGCAGCACCGUCAGCCAGCUGUCAGUCCUCUCUCGUUGAGUGCAGACUCAAGACGACCACAGUCACAGCAAAUGUCUCCUACGCUUUCCCCUUUGUCACCAAUUACUCAGGCCGUGGCUAUGGAUGCGUUGUCUCUGGAGCAGCAGCUUCCCCCAUACCCAUUUUUUACCCAGACAACUUCCCAGCAACAGCAGCAGACCCAGGUGGCAAGUACCCUGCCUCAGAAUACUCCUUUAAUGCAGACCUCUGGUUUACAGCGAGGAACACAGCUCCCCCCGCUCUCCGUCACGGUACCUUCUACCAUCCCACAGUCACCUCCGGGUAGCCAGACCCAACCGUCAAUGGGAAUAGACAUCAACUCGGCUUCACUCCAGCAGUACCGCAGUAAUGCUGGAUCCCCAGCCAACCAGUCUCCCACCUCUCCUGUCUCCAAUCAAGGCUUCUCUCCUGGCAGCUCCCCUCAACAUUCUUCCAUUCUGGGGAGUGUAUUUGGUGACUCCUAUUAUGAUCAGCAGAUGACAGCUAGGCAGGCUAAUGCCCUAUCCCAUCAGCUUGAACAGUUUAAUAUGAUAGAAAACGCCAUUAGUUCCAACAGCCUGUACAGCCCUUGUUCCACCCUUAACUACUCCCAGGCAGCCAUGAUGGGACUUACCGGCAGUCAUGGCAGCUUGCAGGACUCGCAGCAGCUGAAUUACUCCAGCCAUGGAAACAUCCCCAACAUCAUUCUUACAGUGACAGGAGAAUCUCCUCCCAGCUUAUCAAAAGAACUGACCAGCUCUUUGGCAGGAGUGGGAGAUGUCAGCUUUGAUACGGAUUCCCAGUUCCCUCUGGAUGAACUCAAAAUUGACCCUUUAACCUUGGAUGGACUGCACAUGCUGAACGACCCAGACAUGGUCCUCACUGACCCCGCCACAGAGGACACGUUCAGGAUGGACCGGCUGUGAAGCGUGGACACCAGGAGCGUGGGAAUGACGCUUGUUCCUGGAGCCCAGCCGAACUGGAGAGUCCGAUGGGUCAGUCGUGUCGGAACAGGAGCU